AUGCCUUCUGCCGCACCAGACUACACAGCUUACACCCAGUCCGUCAUCGAGGCCAUCGGGUCAAAGGCGUCUCCUCGAGUCAAGCAGGCCUUCCCCAUCUUGAUCAAGCACCUCCAUGCAGCGAUUGUCGAAGCCGAGGUCACCGUCGACGAGUGGCUCGAGGCUUGCGACCUCUUGAUCGAGGCAGGAAAGGUGUCGAGCGAAAAGCGGAACGAGAUGGUACUCGUCUCGGAUGUGCUCGGCGUGGAGAGCCUUGUCGACAUGAUGGAGCACGCUCGCUACGCCCAGGCAGGCCGCGACUCGACUUCGAGCGCCAUCCUCGGUCCCUUCUACCGCCAAGGCGUCCCGCCGCAACCGAAUGGCUCGUCCAUCAUCCGCAUGAAGGAGCCUGGCGCUCCGUUCGUUCACCUGCAUGGUACUGUGACCGGCAAGGACGGUAAGCCCCUCAAGGGCGCUUUCGUCGACGUCUGGCACGACGCACCCGACGGCUUCUACGACUCGCAAUCCCCCGACAAGCCCGAACACCACUGUCGCGGACAGUUCGAGACCGACUCGAACGGCAACUACUCCCUCAUCGCACUCAAGCCCACCCCCUACCCAAUCCCCUUCGAUUUCUCAGCCGGCAAGCUCCUUCACAUGAUGGAUCGCCACCCGUACCGACCCGCGCACAUCCACUUCCACGUCCAGGCGCCAGGACACAAGACGCUUGUCACGCAGGUGUUCUCCCGCGACUCGCAGUACCUCGACGACGAUGCGGUCUUUGCCGUCAAGGACUCGCUCAUCGUCGACUUUGUCAAACCGACGGCGCCGCUACCCAAGGGUGGCGAGUUUGACGAGGAGAUCAAGUACGAGCUGAAGUACGACAUCACCCUCGCGGGCGAUGGAGAAGUCGACAACUCGCAGUACCAGGGUUGA